AUGUCGCGUCUGUGGAUCCUGGUUGUAGCAAGGGACUGGCUAGACAAGGUCAGGGUGGGCCACGGCAGAGGUGCCUGGGAGUGCUUACCCCCAGCAGCGUUCCCCUCCUCACAGACGGUGGAGCAUGGCUUUCCCAAUCAGCCCAGCGCCCUGGCCUUCGACCCUGAACUUCGCAUCAUGGCCAUUGGCACCAGGUCUGGGGCUGUCAAGAUCUAUGGUGCACCUGGCGUGGAGUUCACAGGCCUGCACCGGGAUGCAGCCACCGUCACACAGAUGCACUUCUUGCCCGGCCAGGGCCGCCUCCUGACCCUGCUUGAUGACAGCAGCCUGCAUCUCUGGGAGAUUGUCCACCAUAAUGGCUGUGCCCACCUGGAAGAGGCACUCAGCUUCCAGCUGCCCAGCCGGCCCGGCUUUGAUGGUGCCAGCGCUCCGCUCAGCCUUAUCCGAGUCACAGUGGUCCUGCUGGUGGCUGCCGGCAACAUAGCAGCCCUGGGCACUGAGGGCAGCAGUGUCUUCUUCCUGGAUGUUACCACCCUGACCCUGCUCGAGGGGCAGACGCUUGCCCCAGGCGAGGUUCUGCGCAGCGUGCCAGAUGACUACCGCUGUGGGAAGGCGCUGGGCCCCGUGGAGUCACUCCAGGGACACCUGCAGGACCCCACGAAGAUUCUCAUUGGCUACAGCCGGGGCCUGCUGGUCAUCUGGAACCAGGCCUCGCAGUGUGUGGACCACGUCUUCCUGGGGAACCAGCAGCUGGAGAGCCUAUGCUGGGGGCGUGAUAGCAGCACUGUGGUCAGCUCACACAGUGAUGGCAGCUACGCUGUCUGGUCUGUGGAUGCCGGCAGCUCCCCAACGCUGCAGCCCACGGUAGCCACCACACCUUACGGCCCCUUUCCCUGCAAGGCCAUUAACAAGAUUCUGUGGCGGACCUGUGAGUCUGGGGGCCACUUUAUCAUCUUCAGUGGUGGCAUGCCCCGUGCCAGCUAUGGUGACCGCCACUGUGUAAGUGUGCUUCGAGCCGAGACAUUGGUGACGCUGGACUUCACCUCCCGCAUCAUCGACUUCUUCACAGUGCACAGCACGCGGCCUGGGGAUGAAUUUGAUGACCCCCAGGCCCUGGCUGUGCUGCUGGAAGAGGAGCUGGUGGUGCUGGACCUGCAGACUCCUGGCUGGCCAGCUGUGCCUGCCCCAUACCUGGCCCCGCUGCACUCAUCUGCAAUCACUUGCUCGGCCCACGUGGCCAAUGUGCCCGCCAAGCUGUGGGCCCGCAUUGUGAGCGCUGGCGAGCAGCAGAGCCCCCAGCCUGUCUCCAGUGCCUUGAGCUGGCCCAUCACUGGGGGCCGAAACCUGGCCCAGGAGCCAUCGCAGCGAGGGUUGCUGCUGACCGGCCAUGAGGAUGGCACUGUGAGGUUCUGGGAUGCCUCGGGUGUGGCGCUGCGGCCGCUCUAUAAGCUGAGCACAGCUGGCCUCUUCCAGACGGACUGUGAGCACGCUGACAGCCUGGCCCAGGCUGCCGAGGACGACUGGCCACCCUUCCGCAAGGUGGGCUGCUUCGAUCCCUACAGUGACGAUCCCCGGCUUGGCGUGCAGAAGGUUGCUCUUUGCAAGUAUACAGCCCAGAUGGUGGUGGCUGGCACUGCAGGCCAGGUGCUGGUACUGGAGCUCAGUGAUGUGCCGGUGGAGCAGGCGGUCAGCGUGGCCAUCAUAGACCUCCUCCAGGACCGCGAGGGCUUCACGUGGAAGGGCCACGAGCGGCUGAGCCCACGCACGGGGCCGCUGCCCUGGCCUGCUGGCUUCCAGCCCCGUGUCCUGGUGCAGUGCCUGCCGCCAGCUGCUGUCACCGCUGUCACACUCCACACCGAGUGGAGCCUCGUGGCCUUUGGCACCAGUCAUGGCUUUGGCCUCUUCGACUACCAGCGCAAGAGCCCUGUGCUGGCCAGGUGCACUCUUCACCCCAAUGACUCCCUGGCCAUGGAGGGGCCGCUCUCCCGGGUGAAGUCUCUGAAGAAGUCGCUGCGCCAGUCUUUCCGGCGCAUUCGCAAGAGCCGUGUCUCGGGCAAGAAGCGGGCUGCUAAUGCCAGCAGCAAGUUGCAGGAAGCCAAUGCACAGCUGGCCGAGCAGGCCUGCCCCCAUGACGUGGAGAUGACGCCCGUGCAGCGCCGCAUUGAGCCCCGCUCUGCCGAUGACUCCCUAUCAGGCGUCGUGCGUUGCCUAUACUUUGCCGACACAUUCCUUCGAGAUGGGGCCCACCAUGGGCCCACCAUGUGGGCUGGCACCAACUCAGGCUCCGUGUUCGCCUAUGCGCUGGAGGUGCCGGCAGCAGCAGUGGGUGGUGAGAAGCGGCCUGAGCAAGCGGUGGAGGCCGUGCUGGGCAAGGAGGUGCAGCUGAUGCACCGGGCGCCUGUGGUGGCCAUUGCCGUGUUGGACGGGCGUGGCCGCCCACUGCCCGAGCCCUACGAGGCCUCACGGGACCUGGCGCAGGCACCUGACAUGCAGGGUGGUCACGCUGUGCUCAUCGCGUCUGAGGAGCAGUUCAAGGUGUUCACACUGCCCAAGGUGAGCGCGAAGACCAAGUUCAAGCUGACGGCCCAUGAGGGCUGUCGUGUGCGCAAGGUGGCGCUGGCCACGUUUGCCAGUGUGGCCUGCGAGGACUAUGCUGAGACCUGCCUGGCCUGCCUCACCAACCUGGGUGACGUCCACGUCUUCUCGGUGCCUGGCCUGCGGCCCCAGGUGCACUACUCCUGCAUCCGGAAGGAGGACAUCAGCGGCAUCGCUUCAUGUGUCUUCACGCGCCAUGGCCAGGGCUUUUACCUGAUAUCCCCAUCAGAAUUUGAACGCUUCUCCCUAAGUGCCCGGAACAUCACAGAGCCACUCUGCUCUCUGGACAUUAACUGGCCCCGUGAUGCCACCCAGGCCAGUUACAGGCUCCGAGAGUCACCCAAGCUGAGCCAGGCUAACGGGACCCCAAGCAUCCUUCUGGCCCCACAGAGCCUUGAUGGAAGCCCUGAUCCAGCCCACAGCAAGGGACCUGACACCCCAGAGCCACCCGAGGCUGCACUCUCACCCAUGUCCAUCGACUCAGCCACCAGUGCUGACACCACGCUGGACACGACAGGGGACGUCACAGUGGAAGAUGUGAAGGAUUUUCUGGGCUCCUCUGAGGAGUCGGAGAGGAACCUGAGGAACCUGGCAGAAGAUGAGGCCCAUGCCUGUGCCAUCCUGAUCAAAUGAGGAAGGCCAGAACUAUCCCGACCUCCACCUGCCCUGCUCGGAGCUGGAGUGCUGGAUCCCUGGCACCUGCCUGGCCCCUUAACAUAGACCCACGCCUGCUAACCUGUAGGCUCCACUGGGACCUGCUGUCCUGUCCUGCCUGACCCUGGGCCCUGGAGCAGCACCAGCCCCAGGGUGUGGGCCUGGGACUUGGGCCAGAACUGAGCCCUCCUGCAGGCAUUUGGCUGCCCUGGGGGCCCACUGCCUAGGGAAGAGGACAGGUGGGGCCCAGCACCUUGUGCCACCU